AUGCUAACCCAGCAGCUAAAUUACACCUGGUACAAGGAGAAUGAAGACUCACCAAAAGCUUCAGGACAGAUCUUCACCAUCACUGACCUCAGACCUAAAACACUGAAGUGGGGUCCAGUGUAUGACACCUGCCGUCAUCUGCAGCACAAAGACACAAGCAGCAGGAACAGCAGGGUGACCUUCACUAACGCCAGCAUACUGCUUCUCACAGAACCAGGAGAAUGUUGUUACUCCAACGUCAGAGUUCAUACCCCAGAGAUAAACAGAGGAAGAAGGAGGAGGAGGAGGAUGGGGUUAGAAUACUCUGCUGUCAGAUUUAAACAAUGCAGCAGUGCACCAGUGAUACAGGGUCAGAGAGGCUGGGGAGUGUUUUACACUCACACUCACAUCUGUGCCUUUAAAGGAUCAACAGUGGAAAUACACUGCAGCUACAGUUACCCAUCCAGAAUAAAUGGUUACUAUACUACAGUUGAGGAAACACUCUGGUUUACUAAAAAGAUUAAUGAUGCACCAUUGGAUCUGAGAACAGACUCAGACUACAGAGGUCGUGUGGAGUAUAAUUGUCGUAUAAAGAACAGCUGCACUCUGACAAUCAGAGACCUGAGAGAGAGCGACUCAGCUGAGUACAAGUUCAGAAUCACAACAAACCAAGGUGGGAAAUAUACAGGUGAACCUGGAGUCACUUUGUAUUUCACAGGUCCAGACCUCCAGGUGCUGGUGGAAAGAUCAUCAACCCAGACAGAGCUGAAGUGUCACAGCAGUUUUAAAGUAGCUGAUCGUCCUUCAUAUGUCUGGUACAAGAACGGACUGGAAAUGAAGGAGGAAACAUUUUCCCUUAGAGUCUCUGUUAAUGAUGACAACAGCUAUUCCUGUGCUCUUAAAGGACAUGAGGAUUCCACCGGCUCAGCCUCCAGUGU